AACGACGCACACCACUCUCGCUUGGACAAGACUUCUCAACGAUCCGCACGAAGAACAGCACGGCUAUACAGCACCGACGCCAACGACGCAAAGGACUCCAACAACCAACCAAGCAGACAGACAGGCAGGCAGGCAGUCGAUUCCCCGGAGCCGGGUCCGGUUCGUUCCCAGACACACCAACAAAAGCACGGCACCACCGAGAGCACCCAGCCGAACGGAGCAUGCUGCGACCCAAAGCAUUGUCGAGGGCGGCAACGACGCUUGCCGCAAGGGCUCCGCGUCUUUGGUCGGUGGCCGCGAUCCCGGGCCGACAAGGAACCCGCCCGCUCGCCGCAUCUGCCCAUGUGGACGCGGGAGGCCGCUCCCGUUCCCGCGGCCCGGUUCGGUGGCACGGCACGGCCGGAAAUCCGCACCGGCCACGGACCGAAGCGUGCACCCUGAGCGGAUCCCCCCUUGCCCCUCGCCCAAGGCAUCCGCACCUUCCCUUCCAGCGGCGCCGGUUUGGCGGGGAGGGAGGCGGGACCUCUGUCGCAACCACCGCGGACGAAAUGGAAACCACCACCCCCGAAAAGGGCCUCCCCGGGGCCCAAACAGGCGGCAAAAAGCUGGCGAUCGUCUUUACCUGCACCGUCUGCGACACCCGGUCCGCCAAGCAGUUCACGGAGAACGCCUACAAGAACGGCGUCGUCAUCGUCACCUGCCCGGGCUGCGGGAACCGCCACCUCAUCGCCGACAACCUGGGCUUCUUCGAGGACCAGGAGGAGGGCGGCUGGAACAUCGAAACCGCCCUGGCAAGGGCGGGGGGAACCGCCAGGCUGGUCACCAACGACAACGUCACGGAGGUCAGCCUCGAGGACCUGUACGGGGAGGACAGGAUCCGGGCCGCCACCGAGGCCGCUUCCGGGAAGCAAACGCCGUAGCGGGGGCGGGCGCUGCGGGGCAAAGCACGGCACACCAGAGUCAGAAACAACACAAAAACAAAACAAAACAAAACAAAACAAAACAACGCAA